AUGGGCGGUGUGGAUAAACUCCACCGACGUGGUAUCAAAGGCAAAGGCAUCAAGAUAGGGAUUAUCGAUACGGGCGCUGACUACCGACAUCCUGAUCUUGGGGCAGGCUUUGGACCAGGUCAUAAAAUUGCUGGAGGCCAUUCUUUUGUCUACGACAAUGGAACGCUUGGCGAAGGGCCUGAUACAUUUAUAUCUUGCUACGGAGGAGGUCAUGGCACUCAUGUAGCCAGAAUCAUUGGAAUGGACAGCGUUCCUAGCAGCUUUGAUAUUACUGGAGUUGCCCCUGAAGCAUCUAUCUACAUGUACAGGGCCUUUGAUUGUAAUGGUCGCGCUGGAAGCGAUACAAUCGUGGCCGCUAUGUCAAAAGCUCAGGAAGACGGCGUGGACAUUGUCAGCAUGUCACUUGGAAUCGGUCCAGCUUCUUUCAGUGGAGCGGUGGAUCCUUUGGCUGCCAUCACCAAAACUCUAACAAACGCCGUUAUUGCUGUCAUCGUCGCGCAGUCAAAUGCUGCCAACGAGAUUGGAAGGGCCAAGAAUGAUCUGUACACGGAAGAGUGGCCAAGUACGGAAUCUACGGCGCUUGCUGUUGGUGCGAUUUCAAACACAUAUUUUCCGGUUGUGUACCCAGCAGUUGAUUUAUCUGGCGCAACUCUGCGAUACGCCAAGAACUAUGGAGCCGGCGGUGGAUAUUCACACUACAAAUUAAAGUUCAGCAGCUCCAGCUUCAGUAGUAGCCAACAGCCAGGUGGUGGAUUGAUGGAUUACUACUCGAGCUUUGGGCCGACAUGGCAUGACUACAACUUGAAGCCCCAGGUCUCUGCACCAGAAGGCCAUAUUCUCUCAACCUGGCCUCUGGGUCCACUUGGUGGAUAUGCAAUUCUCUCUGGAAUAUCCAUGGCAACGCCUUAUCUUGCCGCUUCAUACGCACUCGUCAAGACUCAGUUUCCUAAAGCCAGCAUAGCGGAAAUCACUACUCGAUUACAGAUUAAUGCCAAACCUCUUCCGUGGAUCUGGAAUAGCAACAUGCUCUCGGCCACGUAUCAACAAGGAGCUGGAUUGGUGGAUGUUUUCAACGCAAUUUACUCAGACAGCUACUCAGACUACUAUCUUCAAUAUGCCGAGCCAAGUCAACAGCCCCUCUACGGAACCGCCACCUUCCCAACACCGACAGUAAAAAUUAGAGCCGGGCAAUCAACUAAAGUGUCUUUCUCUAUCUCUCCACCCUCAGGCGUAAGACCAUCUAGCCUUCCCGUUUUUGACGGGUUCAUCACCGUCACGGACUCCGACCAGUCAGCCUUCUCGAUCCCUUAUGUGGGCCCACCCUACUCGUUGUUCAACACACCUUAUAUCUACACCUCACCCACAAGUUUCGGCGUCCAGUUGCCCAGCUUAUAUGGCUACAACGCUGAUCAAAGUAACAUUACAUACGACAUAGGUCUCCUCGAAGUCGUCGUUUCCUACGGCUUCGGCGGCGCAGUCCCAACACUUCAAUGGACGACGGAAUUUUCUAUCUCCAUCCUGCCCGCCAACACCAAUAUAAAGCCUGAUCACUAUGGAUUUAACCAGUCAAUCCAGUAUCCGUAUAUUCCUUCAGCCUUUGCACCGAAUUCGACAGUGUUCAGGCAUCCGAAUUUUGGGACGCUGAUUAAUGACACGGGGUUGAUGUGGCCAGAGAAUAAUGCCCCGUUUGACUCGGAUACGAGUGUUAAGGGGGGUAAUGGGGUGCGUUGGAAGGUGGGAAAUGGGGAUUAUAGGUGGUUUGCUGCAGUAUUGAGGUGGGGCGGGACGAGUGGGAGACAGGAGGAUUAUGAUACUUGGUUGGGGCCUGUGAUUAGAUUCGUGAACGGGACCAGUGGGUAAAUCCAAUUAAGUGGUAAGUCUUAGGGAGUUGAUCUCUACUUUUCCCAGAUCAAAGGUGUUUGUUAUCAUUCGUUUGAAGAUUUCUCGAUGCUUAGAAUUAGAGCAUCACAAGUCGCUCAGAAAUCUUUCCAUUUCAAC